GCUCAAACGAGUUGGUUCAGUUUGAUCCUCCCGAGCUCAGCUUUCCUCUGUUGCCAAACCAGAGAGUCUUGUCGUCAACUAAGAUAGUCAAUAUUACAGAUCAGUACAUCGGUUUCAGAGUAUGCACCAAGAAAAGCAAUUCAGCAAGGUACAACACAAAUCCGGCGGAAGGAAUUUUGCCACCGCUGUCCACGCAAGUAAUCCUGGUAACAAGGAUAGCAGGGGAAAAGGAACUAGAAGACACACAGUGCAACGGCAAGUUUUUGGUGUGGAGCGGCAUUGUGACUGAAGAUACGAAAGCCAGCGAUGUUAUUGAUAACAUGUCCGAGACAAAGUGUACCGGUUUGCCCAUUGUUCUUACACAGACAAGUUCAUCUAUCUCAGAGGAGUUGAUCCAAUUUGAUCCACCAGAACUUCACUUUCCCAUUUUGCCAAACAAGAAGGUGUUGUCCUCAAUUGAGGUAGUGAACCUUACAGAUUACAAUGUUGGUUUCAAUACAUAUAGCAGGCCAACAAAUGUGGCAUGGUACCACACAGAGCCACCGAGAGGAAUCCUGCCGCCACGAUCCACUCAAAAACUUAUGGUAACAAGAGAAGAAAAGGAAGAUGCAUUAAAAUAUAAGCAGCUCACUGAAAAGUACUUUGUGUGGACAGGCAUUGUAUCUGAAUGUGUCAAAGACAGCGAGCUUAGUGAUUGCAUGGCUGAACAAGAGAGCAAAGAGUUGCCCAUUGUUCUUGACAAGAUAAGCUCAUUAACCUCAGAUGAGCUGAUCCAGUUGGAUCCCGCCGAGCUCUGCAUGCCCCACUUGCCAAACAAGAAAUGAAGUUCAUAGUAAAUGUAGUCAACACUACAGAUUUCUACGUUGCUUUCAAUGUAUAUUUCAUCCGCAGGAAUGCAGCACGGGACAAGAGACCUGCAUCGGUAGGUACAGGAUCGAAUGUAAUCCUGCAACCACGAUCCACCAAUAGACAAAUACUACAUUGGAUAAUUGAUGAGACGGAGGAGCCCGUAGAAGAUUACUUUGUGUGGAGCCGUGUUGUGACUGAAGGUGUGGAAAGCAGAGACAUCAUUCGUUACAUGGUUGAGGAAGAGAGUAAGAAACUGCCCUUUAUUGUUAAUAAGGCAAGCCCGGCAUGUACCUCAAACGAGCUGAUCCAGUUUGAGCCGCCUGAGCUCAGCCUCCCCUUGAUGAUGAUGCCAAACAAGCCCUUGGCGUUUUCAGUUAAUAUACUCAACAGUACAGACUACUAUGUUGGUUUUGGUGGAUAUAACCUGAAAACAAAUGUGGCCUGCUACUCCAUAAAACCUGCGGGUGGAGUUAUGCCACCACGGUCCACUCAAAGACUGGUUGUAAAAAGGGUACCAAAGAAAAAGGAGGAGCUGCUUAGUGAGUGCCAAGAUGAUAAGUUCCUCGUAUGGAGCUGCUUAGUGAGUGAAGGUGCCAAAGCCAGCGACCUCAAUGGUUGUGCUAAAUACACAGUGGGUAGGGAGUUGCCAAUUGUUUGUACUAACAAGACAAGCAACUUAUGCACCUCAGACGAGUUGAUCCAGUUUGAUCCUCCACAGCUCCCGUUCACCUUCCUUCCCAACAUGAGGGUGUCCAUGUUGCGCUUGCUUAAAAUAGUCAAUGUUACAGAUCACAUCGUCGGUUUCAGUACAUGGUCUCAUGAAGCCAAUUCUGCGUCAUACACAAUGGAACCGCGUGCAGGGAUCCUGCCACCACAGUCCACACAAGCAAUCAAGGUAAGGACCCCAAAGAAAAAUGAAACGGAAGACAUGCAGUGCAAAGACAAGAUUUUUGUGUGGAAUGGAAUUUUGACUGAAGGUGUCCAAGUUAGGGAUGUCUGUACAUACUGGAAGAACGAAGAUAAAGAGUUGCCCAUUGUUCUAAGAAAGCCUGGAGAAAGCAGUUCAAGGUAGGAUCGGCAGCAUGGUCGAAUCUCUUGGACGUAAAGCUGGCUUGACAAGGUCCAUCAUGGGUUUGUAACAGAACAGAAAUCCUGGGUAUAUAUUGACAUGGCAAAAUCUACAUGUAUACUCUAAAUGAAGCCUGCCUUGAUCGUCAUUGAUGGAAUCAUCUAAUUAUUAUAAAAAUAUAUUUGAUACAAUAAUCUCAGAUUGUGGCCGUAGCUUGAACUACUCCUCUGUUUCUGGUAAUUUGUACGUACCGAUCGACAUAACUUGUAGCAUGCAUGUGCGUCGGCAUGUUCACCCAUGCCUUGACGUCAUUUCUACUAUUCUGGUGUAUUCAACACUGUCAUGCGAUUUGUUCAACUAUUUAUCAACUUAA